UUCCGCAUUGUGGAAAAUAAAAAAAUAUAUAAAUCCUCUUUAAAAUCACCUUUUAAUUACCAAAGCGUGUCGGAAUCUUUAUCAGAAAGAAAGACUUCAAAGGUGAUUUUAAAGAUUUUAAAGAGGAUUUAUAUAUAUAUAUUUUCAAAAGUUUCCACAAUCCGGAAGACAAGUCCCUGUGAGCUAUUUCAAAAUUCCACGACACGUGAAAAUGCAUCCACCUACUUUACUUCGUAAUUUCUGUCACAAGAUAACAGUUUAUUUACCUUUGGGAAUUUCCUGUAUCAUGGCCUCUUGAAAUCAUUUUAUGUAAAUAGCCAUCCCUCGUGAUUUGAUCACCUGAUGUUACUUAUAAGUUGGAGUGUGUGAAUAUUUGAUAAAUACCUGCAACACAGCCCUCAUUUCCUUCUUCGCUGUGAAGUGAAACUAUCAUGGCUACUAUAAUGAGCCCAGGCAUUCCCUACGUGGGAGGAAUCCCCGGGGGUAUGAGAGACGGACGCCAAAUCGUCAUCAACGGAAUGGUGCCCCACCACGAGCACAGUUUUUCGAUCAACCUCCAAGCCGGACCAAACAUUAACCCUCGGUCCAACACAGCUCUACAUUUCAACCCUCGCCUGAACGACAACUGUGUGGUCCGUAAUAGCUACCAGCACCACAGCUGGGGAGGGGAAGAGCGAGGAGGGUACAUGCCGUUCCAGAGGGGAAUGCCUUUCGAAAUAACUGUACUCUGCCAACACCACCAUUAUAAGGUAUCAGUGAAUGGCAGACAUUUCUGCGAUUUUCGCCAUAGAAUCGAGAAACAUCACGUGAACACGUUGACGAUUGAGGGCGGAGUACAGAUCAGCAGUAUUCGAUUCGAUGGAGCUCAAGGUCACGGACAGGGCGUAGGGGGCUUUCUUGGUCGAGUUGUUGGAGAGAUGACGAAGGCUGCCAUGCCCACACCAUCUCCACCAGCUGGGGCCUACCCUCCGGCCGGGGGGUACCCAGGAGGGGGAGCCCAACCCAUGUAUAAUCCCCCGAUGCCAUUUACCACGCCCAUUUCUGGAGGAAUUUUUCCAGGGAAAAUGAUUUUCAUCAGUGGAGUCCCAAAUCCGAAUGCAGAAAGGUUCACGUUGAACCUAAUGUGUGGUCCCUACGACGGAAGUGACAUUGCGCUUCAUUGUGAUGUCCGUCUGCGAGUUGGAGGUGAUUUUAAUGUCGUCCUGAGAAAUUCCUGCCAGGGUGGUGGCUGGGGAGCAGAAGAGAGACACAGCCCAUACUUUCCUUUCAUGCCAAAUGCCAAUUUUGACAUGAUUAUCAUGGCAGAACAUGACAAAUUCAAGAUUGCCGUGAACAAUCAACACUUGCUCGAGUUUAGACAUCGACUGCAGCCACUAAACAGAAUCGACACUCUACAGAUUAAGGGCGACCUCCGACUGACUCAAGUCCGAUUCCAAUAAAUUUAUAUGUCAUUAUCAUCAUACAUUCAUACAAGAAACAAAAUGCAGAGCAAAUAAUUGGUUAAAGUAUUGUACAUUUGUAUUUUUGUUGAAACAAAUGAUUAUUUAAUCUCUCUCUUUCACUCAUAUCAACAUAUGAUAUGGUACUUUCCUGCUAUUUCAAUACGAUUAUACAAAUAUCACUGGAUAACCCAGGCAAUAAAAACACUAAGUGUA